AAAUUGGCAUCAGUCAACUCCCGACUGCCGGAGGAAGCGCACGCGGUGAAAAAAAAGUAGCGCGAAGUAAUGCUGUGAACAUUUUGUGUUAUUAACGUGAUAAUCGCAAUACGAGUGCAUUUAGAAGAUUUACUACUGUUUUGUAAAACCGGUGUCAAAGAUGCCGCUCCAGAUAAGAAGAGAGGGCGUGGUCUCCUUCCUCCGGGAGAACCUCCUCACGUUACUGACAAUCAUUGGAGUUGUGGCCGGAACUCUUCUUGGUUGGGGAUUGAGAGCUACAGGGUAUGAAUGGACACGACGAGAGGUUAUGUACUUCCAAUAUCCUGGAGAGCUAUUUCUCAGGAUGCUAAAAUGCCUGAUUGUGCCUUUGCUGGUUUCAUCGAUUGUGUCUGCUAUCGGGUCUUUGGAUCUCAGCUUAUCGGGCAAAGUUGGUCUGCGGGCGAUUAUCUACUACAUGACAACGACAUUCUGCGCAGUGGUGCUGGGAAUAGCGCUCGUCACCACUAUAAAACCUGGCCAAGACCCGGAUUAUUUACCUGCUACCACGAAAGUAAUUUCCAAGGACGCAUUGACGGCUGACAGUAUUCUUGAUUUAAUACGAAACGUUUUCCCUGAAAACAUAGUUGAAGCUACGAUAGCCUCAUAUCGCACAAAGCUCACCUACGAUGUAAAUGACACUAGAGCAAUUAAAGGUCAACUGGAGACUUACAAAAUAGAGAGUUACUACCAGAAAGGCAGUAAUGUCUUAGGUCUAGUGGCAUUCAGCAUAGUGCUGGGCAUCACUCUUGGUAAAAUGGGAGAGAAGAGUCGACCGUUGCAAAAUUUCUUCCAUACACUCUCGGAGGCCAUGAUGAUAAUUACCGGAUGGGUUAUUUGGCUCUCACCUCUCGGAGUUUUCUUCCUUGUGACAGCGAAGAUCAUGGAGAUUGAGUCAUUCUCUGACCUCGUGGGAAGACUUGGCCUCUACUUUAUGACGGUGUUACUGGGUCUCUUCCUUCACGGCUUUGGGACUUUGAGUAUUCUCUUCGUGUUGGCCACAAAGAAGCUGCCUUGCAGAUACAUUGCGAAGAUGGGACAAGUUAUGGCCACUGCGUUUGGAACUGCAUCAAGUUCAGCAACAAUGCCAAUAACGAUAGGCUGCUGUGAUGAUAUGGGUCUGGACCCACGCAUCACGCGCUUCGUGAUCCCCAUCGGAGCCACCAUUAACAUGGAUGGCACGGCCCUGUAUGAGGCAGUCGCUGCAAUAUUUAUCGCACAACUUAGGAAAAUCGAUAUGUCAUUCGGCAAGAUUGUAGCCGUCAGUAUAACGGCAACAGCGGCUAGUAUAGGCGCAGCUGGAAUCCCGCAGGCAGGCCUCGUUACCAUGGUGAUGGUGUUGGAUACUGUUGGUCUUCCAGCCGAAGACAUCUCUCUAAUUUUUGCAGUUGAUUGGCUAUUAGAUCGAUUCCGAACUACAAUCAACGUGGUAUGCGAUGCUUUGGGCGCUAUUAUCGUAACGUCACUGUCUCAAGCAGAUAUAGAAAAAUGCCGUGUACAAAGCGAAAGGGAAGGGCCGGGGCACGAGCUCAGUGAUCUUGAAAAGGGCGAACAUUAACAAACUUUUUGUAACGUCCGUAGCGAUAUUUUUCACAACAUAAUGACCAAACGAAAAUAAAUAUAUAACAAUAACAUAAGUCAUGACCCCGAACUUGAUUGAAAGUAAUUUAAGUAUCAUCAAAAGAGCAGAAUAUUUUUGCGUCGAUUUAAGAAACACUGUUAUGCAAGGGAGAACAUUAGGUCCCUCAAGAUUUCAGUUGUUAUUCAAUGUGGCUACAAUAGUUUCAAUACAAUUUUAUGAAUUCAAAUUGAGGAUAUCUGAAUAUUAACAUUAUUGUACGUCACAUUCUCUAUUUGGGAAGUUCAAACCAUACUGUUAAAACCAUUUACAAACUAAUAACGACAUUGUUCAUGACAAUUAGAACUAGAUUUGUUUAGUUCCAGCAUUUAGCUAUUACAUACUUUAGAAAUGUAUACUUAGCCCUUUGUUAAGCCAUAAUAGUAGUCUCGAUGUUGAUUAUAGUAGGUGUUCACAGAAUUGUUGUUUUCAGUUUUAUUUCUUUUAUUAUUUGUUAAUUUUCUUUUAAUGCAAAUCGUUUAUUUUUUACUGAUUCCGUUUUUGAUAUAAGUUUUAUUAAUUAUUUUCAAGUAUGAACAUAUCAUAAAAAUUAUUGAUUAAUUAUCGGCUAUUAAUUUUGUUUAGUUGAUUUAAGGUCAAGUGUUAUAAGAACUUAGAAGUAGAAUGGCUUACAAUUUGACUGCAUGGGAUUUUCAACUCUAAAAAUGGUAAUACAUACUACAUUCAUAUGAAAAAUUAUUUUUCCACUUGUGAAUAAUUCUACUAGUAUAUUCACUUACCUUUGUGUGAAUGUAUUUAUUUGUGCGCCUGGUAAGUACAUUUUGUUAAUUAAGGAUUGUGUAUACAGUACCAAAUACUAGCUGUAAAUUAGACUAUAGUAAUUGAAAUUUGCAGUUGCAUUCCAUUUUAUAUUAGCCCGGAUAUUAUUUCCCGGAACGUAAAAGAUAUAGGUAUGUAUAAUCAUAAUUAUUAGGUUUAAUCUAGAAUAGGAAAAAACCGCACAGUGAAAACAUAUAGUGUAGCUAUUAUUUAACUUACUGGUUUCAUUAGAAUUUCCAAAGAUAAUUAUAACUUUCUCUUGCUCAGGAUAUUUAGCAAUUGUAUAAUCUUACGGAGCAAAAUGCUAAUGCGGUAAUGUAAGACACAACCCGCAACAAUUUGCUUUUUCCAAAGCAGCCAGUAUCUUUAUCACCAACGAAAUCCACCAAGAAGGUUACAUACCUAACCAAAUUGCUAUUUUGGCUAUUAUGAUUGUCAUUUGUCAAAAUACCGCAGAAAAUAUGUUUUUUUUUGUAUACGUAACAUGAUAAUGUAUAAAUGUGUUAUGUUCUCUACGUAAGAUGUUUAAUGAUGUGCCAAAAUCAAUGUUUUAUGUAUUUUAAAUACAAUAAAGUUUUAACAUAUAUCUAGUCUAUUUCGGAGAUUCAUUUUGUUCACCAUUACGGUAAUUUGUGCUUAGCACGACUAUGUUGGUUAAAUUAUCAAUGUUGAGUCAUGAAUGCAGAUAUUAUAUUGGUGUACUAUGUGGUGUUUUAUUGUUAAUGUUUAUUAAUAAAUAGUUAUAUGA